UUCCUGAUUUCUCUCGAAACACUGCAAUUCAGUUCAGGGUCACAAUGUCAGCAACGAUGUUCCUCACUCCCACAAUGCUCUCAAAACCUUCCAACAUUCCAAAAACAGUUAACCCCUCACCUCAACAAAUUCACCCCAAAUCAAUCUCUACCAAUAAAAAUCAAGACUUUAACCCAAACCCAUCAAAUUCAGCCACCAAAACAGCCCCAUGGAUGAACACCCCUCUUGUUCUUGAACCCAAUCAAGUCAUAGACUUUACAAAACCCAAGACCAGAAAAAAGUCCCCUGACAACAACAAAGAGGAAAAAACAUUGACCCAAAAAGUCAGCGGCGGAAGAGGAAAACAUGCCAUGAAGAAAAUCCUGUACAGUAUAGACAAUCUUGAACAAGAAUCUCAAGAAUUAGAGGAUACCCAGAAACAUAUGGAGUUUGAUUUGUCAUUGGGUAAGUUGGGAGAUAAUAAGUUCGGAGAUAACAAUAAUAAUAAUAAUAAUGUUGGAAAAAAUAAGAAAUGGUUUGGUCGGAAACUGCCAUGGGAGAGGGAGGAGAGGAUGGUGUUUAGGAGGAUGAAGAGGGAGAAGACAGUGACUGCUGCUGAUUUGAGUCUUGAUGAUGGGCUGCUUGAGAGGUUAAGAAGUGAAGCUAGAAAGAUGAGGAGUUGGGUGAAGGUUAAAAAGGCUGGAGUGAAUGAAGGUGUGGUUGAACAAAUUAGAGCGAUUUGGAAUAGUGAUGAGCUUGCUAUGGUUAAGUUUGAUGUGCCCUUAUGUCGGAAUAUGGAUCGAGCACGCGAAAUUGUCGAGAUUAAGACAGGAGGGCUGGUGGUAUGGAGUAAGAAGGAUACUCUUGUUAUCUAUAGAGGAUGCGAUUAUAGAAAUAAUAAACAUGUCACUGGAACAUUAUAUCAAACAGUUGGUGGGCAUGAUGAUAAAGAGGAGACUAUGCCUGUACAAGGGUCACUCUUUGAGAGGGAAGCUGACAGAUUACUAGACGGGUUGGGACCUCGGUUUAUUGAUUGGUGGAUGCCGAAGCCAUUACCCGUAGAUGCGGAUUUACUUCCUGAAGUAGUUCCUGGAUAUAAACCACCGUCACGGCUUUACCCUUUGUCUGGUAGAUCUAAGCUCACCGACACUGAGUUAACUCACUUGAGGAAGCAAGCUUACCAUUUACCUACUCAUUUCGUCCUCGGAAGAAACCGAAACCUUCAAGGCUUGGCUGCAGCCAUAUUAAAACUGUGGGGAAAAUGUCAUAUAGCAAAGAUCGCGGUAAAAUGGGGAAUUCCAAACACAAGCAAUGAGCAGAUGGCUUCCGAGCUUAAGCUUCUCACUGGCGGAGUGUUAUUACUACGUAAUAAAUUCUAUAUAAUACUCUACAGAGGCAAGGAUUUCCUUCCUCCCGAUGUUGCAGAACUUGUUAUUAAUCGAGAAGCGGAGAUCAAAAGCUUCCAACUUCAAGAAGAAACCAUGCGUGCUAAUACAGUUGAGAUGUUUGACUAUCUUGACCAACCAUCGUCAGAUUUUAGCACUAGCUCUAUCGGUACGUUAAAAGAAUUUGAAACUAUUCAAUCGGAACAUGAGGGAUUCAAGGCUGGAAUUAGUGAAGCUGAAAUGCAAUUAGAAGCGGAGAAGCUAAAAUUAGAAAAGGAAAUACGGAUUCAGGAGCACAAGUAUUUAAUCCUAAAAAUGAAGAUAAAUAAGGCGUCAAAAGAGUUGGCAAAGCUUGCAUGGGAGCCUGUUGAACCGAAUGCGGACCGAGAGAUUAUAACGAGUGAAGAGAGAGAGAGUUUAAGAAAGAUAGGAUUAAAGAUGGAUAGCACAUUAGUACUUGGGCGACGAGGUGUUUUUGACGGUGUGAUAGAAGGUUUGCAUCAACAUUGGAAGCAUAGGGAAAUAGUGAAAGUGGUCACAAUGCAAAGAGUGUUUUCAAGGAUAUUGUACACCGCACAAUGUCUUGAAGCCGAAAGUGGCGGGGUACUUGUUUCCAUAGAGAAGAUGAAACUCGGGUAUGCUAUUAUUAUUUAUCGUGGCAAGAAUUAUAAACGCCCUUCAAAGUUUUCAAGAAACCUCCUUACUAAAAGAGAAGCGUUACAAAAAUCUUUGGAGAUGCAACGAAUCGGGUCGUUGAGAUUUUUCGCAAACAUGAGACAGCAGGCUAUCUAUGAACUCAAGUGCAAAUUGGAUGCUCUGAAGAACACAGACAACGAUGAAAACAAGCUAGCAUGUUCUUGAUUCUUUAAGAAAGAAAGACACAAAAGCAACUAGCUUUAUGAGAUACAGGUUAUUAUGAGUUUGAGCAAGCCACUUGAUGAUAUAUUGACUCAACGAGAAAUAAGGCAUCAAAAUUUCGUUAGGCUGGUAAGCGUGGAGGAGGGUAGUUCUUUGGGGAUCAUCCCGCCACGUAGGCGGCCACGUCAUCGGGUGUGGGGGAUGAGUCUCAAGAGAUGAGCCAAAGGUGUUGUGAUGAGCCCCUUUAUGUGUGUGUGUUGGAUAAGAAAGCAAGGAGGAACGUCGAGAGCGGCUAGGAGGAGACGUUGGCGACGGGGACGAACCAGAGGGUGUGGUGUGGACGAUCCUCGAUGGGCCUCAACGACGAUGGGACGUUCCCCACACCCUUUACUCUUUAUAGAAGCAAACAAAAAAAGAAAACUAAUCCCCAAUAGGGCAUUUUUACCCAUUUUUUGAGAGUGAUGUGGCAGAGAAUGUGUUUUUAGUUAUUGGGGGACUCGUAUUUAGCUUCC